AAACUUACCUGGGAAGGCUGGGGAAGGAGGCUCUGGGUCCAUGCCUAACUCUGUACCCUUUUAUUCCUCAAGGCCUAUAGCCUGUCACCCCUUGAAGCCUUCUCUGCCUGUCCCUCUGAUCCUUGUCCACCGUCUGUUUAUUGCCCAAUUUAUUGUUUAUAUGGAUGACUGGGAGGCACUGCACCACAAUGUAGGACCCUGGCUUCCCUUUCCUUGGGUCCUUGUGUUCCUUGCCCCUGUCCAACCCUGGACAGUUGGCUCUACCUCAGUAACACUUUAUAGCAAAAUCAGUGCAAAUAAAAAUCCCUCAGUGACCUCACUGGAUGUGAGUAUAUUGGGCCUGGGACAGGGCUGGGGGCUAACAACCUGUGUGAGAUGAGCGUCUUUGUGUCUGUGCUUGAUGUUGGUGGCUCUCUGUAGUCACAUGACAGCAUGGGUGUGCUGGAGAACUCACUUCAUUCAUUCAACAAACAUAUUUUCUAAGGAGUUCCCUGUGCCACGCACUAAUCUGGGCACUGGGGAUGUAAUAAAAUAGGCAAAGUCCCACCUUCUGAGACUGUCAGGGAAAUGAACAAGAGUCAAAUAAGACAGAAGAUGUGAUGUAAUAUAACUAGGAAAUCUUAGAGGGUUGUAGGGUUGUGGGAGCUCAAGUAAGACACUUAACCUGGCCUGAGACAUUCCAGAAGGCCUCCUGAAGAACUGACAUCUGAGCUGAGAACUGAAGGAAGAUGAGUACUAGUUAGUGAGGCUACCUGACGUGAAUGUGGAGAUUGUGCAGGGCAAUGCAAGAGGAGGCUGUAGAAGUCAACCUGGCUAGAUCGCAGCGGGGCGUAUGUGGGGCAGGAUCUUCUGGUGGUUCGAACUUGCUCCUGAGAGGAUGAGGGCUCCUAGAGCGCUGGCUCCUGGACAACAACCUCCUUUGGUGCCUUGUGACCGGGCCCUGAUGGUUCAUUAGAUGGAGCCUUCGAGUCUUAGGGAGUUGCCGCAGGGUCCCCACAGCAGCUCCCGACGGCUGUGAACGAGCAUCCAUCCUCCAGGGCUCCCGGCAAACCGCCUGGCCUCGGACGCGGCUCAACUGUGAGCGGCCGUCCCGGAAAUGACGCGCUGCCCCGCUGGCCAAGCGGAAGUGGAGAUGGCUGAGCUGUACGUGAAGCCGGGCAACAAGGAGCGCGGCUGGAACGACCCGCCGCAGUUCUCAUACGGGCUGCAGACCCAGGCCGGCGGACACAGGCGCUCGCUGCUCACCAAGAGAGUCGCCGCACCCCAGGAUGGAUCCCCCAGAGUCCCCGCAUCAGAGACUUCUCCUGGGCCUCCCCCAAUGGGGCCUCCACCUCCUUCAAGUAAGGCUCCCAGGUCCCCACCUGUGGGGAGUGGUCCUGCCUCUGGUAUGGAGCCCACAAGUUUCCCAGUCGAGUCUGAGGCUCUGAUGGAGGAUGUGCUGAGACCUUUGGAACAGGCAUUGGAAGACUGCCGUGGCCACACAAGGAAGCAGGUAUGUGAUGACAUCAGCCGACGCCUGGCACUGCUGCAGGAACAGUGGGCUGGAGGAAAGUUGUCAAUACCUGUAAAGAAGAGAAUGGCUGUACUGGUGCAAGAGCUUUCAAGCCAUCGGUGGGACGCAGCAGAUGACAUCCACCGCUCACUCAUGGUUGACUAUGUGACUGAGGUCAGUCAGUGGAUGGUAGGAGUUAAAAGAUUAAUUGCAGAAAAGAGGAGUCUGUUUUCAGAGGAGGCAGCCAAUGAAGAGAAAUCUGCAGCCACAGCUGAGAACCACACCAUACCAGGCUUCCAGCAGGCUCCAUAAUCCUCGGUUCCGCAGACUCACCGGACACCAUCUCCUAUGCCUUGGAGGCCUUCUCUCACUUGGCUCCCUUCUUACCACCACCAAGACUGUCCCACUAGGCCUGACCCACCUAUAAGGGAAGAGGUCCCACCUGGGCCAGAGGGAGUUCAUGUGUUACUCGUAACAUGCAUUUCAAUAAAAACAUCUCUGUGGUGGGCCUUGGGUAGGAGAGAUGAACCCUUCCUGUGCCAAGCUAGUCCCCUCUUGUGUCCUCGA